UAUUAUUAUUAUUGUUAUUAUUAUUAUUAUUAUUAUUAUUAUUAUUAUUAUUAUUCUGUUUUGAACAUCAACGCCAUUUCAGUAAUAUAUUUCAACGCAGCUCACAUCAAAGUGUUGGGAUGUCAUCUCAGUGCCAGUUUGGAUCGUUAUGGAUGGGAAUGUUUAAUUUGUUGACAAAAAAUAAGCUAAAUGAAAGCUUUCAUCCACCGCACCACCUUUCUUUUUUUUUUCCUCUAAUUCUAUACCUCCUCCACUUUCCAUCCUACAAUAGUAGUAGCCAGGAGAAAUUGGGAAGUUAAGAUACCUUUGUAUUUUUUAUUAUUUUCUACCACGUUUUGGAAUUUUUUUCGAUUGAGCAAACCAAUAAAAACUCACUACUAUUUGUAUUCCAACAGACGGAAAUUUCCCAAUUUUCGAGAAUUCUACGUUAUCCGGCCGAAGAAAAUCAGAUUUAAUUUUUCCUUGUAUUUUUAGUCGUAUUCGCUAUACAGUAACUUUGUGCUAAAUUUGGCCUCAUAUCAUUUCUUUUCACCCACCCGUCGAAUUACGGCACUAUUGGUCAACUUUUCCUAUUCAUAGGCCGACAAAUCGCCUGCAUCUUUAAUAAGAAAAUUUCCUUCAUUAUGCUUUCAGUAUGUGUGUUUCUCAUUCUCCCCAGUCUUUUCAAGACCUCUCGUAUGGCAAUCCAGCGCCCUUCGAUCAACCUAAGCAGGCGAUGGUUUAACGACCACCACAUCAGCAAAAAAAGAAAAAAAUAAUAAAUUGAAAAAAUAGCAUGUUUAUGUCAUUGUGCUAUACUCCGGAUUAAUGAAAAUGAAAAGUUAAAAAAUGUAAUAUGAGGCCCUCUCCAAACUUGGCGUAUAAAUUGUGAAACAGAAUAGCAACAAAAUAGAAUCAUGCAUCACGAAAUAAACAAUGAUACACGAUUUUCAGUUUCGAGUUCGAUGAGCUCAUAUUCAGCUUCUUCAAUACUGCUGGUGUGAACAAGUGCACCGUUUUUUUACACUCUUGUGGGGCAAAUCACAUUAUCACAGGAGUUAAGGUGAGGACAGAAUAUGUUAAUAGUGACCUAAUGCAGUGAAUGAGAUAAACGGGUAUUGACUAAAGAUACAAAUAGAAACAAUUUGAGACAUGAGACACUAGAAUGAAAGAAAUGCCGAUCUUAUUUACUCGUCACGAACGCAGGAUCGAAUCUUAAACCGUCAGAUUCUACGAUUUGAAGUUCUCACAUAUAGCUAUGGAUUUCUCGUUAAUGAGCCAUGACAUACAGUGGAUAUAUAAAGGAUCAUCCUGCAUACUGCCUAGAUCAUCAAUGUCGAAAGUUUCAUGUCUUAAAAUACAUAAUGAUAAAAAGAAAAUUUCAAGCUCUUUCGUGACAGAGGAAAAAAUCAUUUUUAACCAACGACCGAAAAAGAAAACCCUAUCCGUCAGAUCAGGUUAAACGACAGAUUAAAUAUCAAUGCUGACAUGUAAAUAAACAUACCAGACCUUGUGGUGGCUUAUUUAUCUUCCCAUGAGGGAUUUACGAAGCCGAGGCAUUUCUGAUUCCAGUAUCAAGUGCGUCACAUGUCUGUAGGAACUAUUAUACAAUUAUUUAUGGCCUCGCUUACUGCAUCCAAACCCAGGAGACAGUUCUGGAGCUCAAAGAGACAGAGAGCGAGGGCCUCAGAUUUCCCCUCCAACUUAAAGACAACUGGUUCAGUGACAAUUUUUUCAUAAAAUUCCUGCAAGAUACACUGAGGGUUUCUGCACACAAAGAUGCAUGGAGUACAUAGAUUUAAAAAAUUUUGAAUAUCUUCUUCGGAUAUUUCUUUAGGAGGAGUACUUAUGGCAUUCGCUUUAAUUCUUUAUAGCACGCGACACGAUUUAAAUAUGCUUUUCUCUAGGUACAACGAGAAGUCAAGUAUUUUUCUUGGAAAAGAACUUUAUUGGAGUUAAAUCAAUUGCAAGUACCCUUUAGGUGAGGAAAGCUAAUGAAGAAAUAUGUAGCAUAUUAUAAUCGAAAGACAUGAAAAUUGGAAAAAAAUAUACAUAAAGAAUACAUAUUAUUGAUGUGACUUCUUUAACUUUGUAUAUCUCCCUCCGGUGAUGAAUAUGUGCAACUUGUUAUUACAAAGUAUACGUAGAUAUCAACGCAACAACCAGCAGAAAAAUUAGUGUUCAUUGAGAGCAGAGAAAGUUAUCUCUUAUAGCGAAGUAUCUUGAUGUAACACUAAAUUUUCUUUACAUGUGAGAGAAAGCCAAUGAAUGAAAACAACUGAGGGAUGGAUGCCCAUUUCAACUUGUUCGGGACUCGACUACAUACGAACAAACCCAUCUUGAUUUUGUGAAUCAGCAUCGUUUUCAUAUUAGGAAGGAACAGAUUUUAUUAUUCAAAAACUGAUUGUAUCGGAAUGAGAUCCAGAGCGCCACUAAAUUUGACUGGACACUUACGCUUUUGACUGCAAAAAUAUUUAGUGCAGAAUUGGCGGGAGUUGUUUACAGUAAAAACAAGUUCACCGUUAUUAUUUUCAGAAACGCGUUCACGGUGAAAGUGGAAAAUGAAAAUUUGAGAGAACUGUAACGCUAAAGGGGAGAUGACCAAAAACAAAUGUUUAUCAUAUAAAAUACGCUGAUUGGUAUCGCCAAUCAGCUACUGGACGUCACCCGCUUUUCGCACCGCUUUAUUAGGUUGGUGAAUGAAUGGCAAAUUCUCAUUCCUUAAUAAAGUCGCCUUUCAAGUUGUCUGUAAAUGCCUAUGGUGUUUAUAUAAUAAACAAAAUAAUACAUGGCUGCUUGUACAUAUGGGAUUACGAUUCUCGAUAUCUCACGAGAGAGCGCAUUUGAACGAGGGAUAUAUCGAGUUGAUAACUUGAAGAGAAAUUGCAGUGGUACAAUAUAACUCACGGUGUGAAUUCAUCUUUAUCGAUUCAAUUAUGGCAGAAUGUAACAUUUCCUGCUCUGAAGAGAAAAGGGAUUUUGCGGAUUGCGAGUAUUUUGCACUAAAAGAGAAAGAGCUGCAUUAAAUUACAAACUGAGUCAAUUAAUACUCAGGCAGAAACAUGAAAACAAAUAAUAAUCAUACAAGAAUAAAACAAAUAAAAAAACAAGCACAAUAACUAAGAAGAACAGCAAUUUUGAUCACGAAACUGGGAAUUAGACGAGGAUAGAUAUUUUAAACUCGUGAAUAUGUAACCUUCAUUUAUUUAUUAAAAUUGUUGUAAAGCAAAGUAUUAUUCUUAAUAUUUUCAGGCAUGUAGAAUUAACAAAUGACAUCAUUUGGAGAACAGAGUGAUUCAGAGGAUGACAAUUUAACAGGUACAAACCAAUGUUCAUUCUGCAACUGAUUAGAGCUCUAGAGCUAAUGUUAUUUACCAUGAAAGAUCGUAAUCUUAACUUUCUUGCGGUUGACAACAAUUAAGUUUAAUUUCAGUCGAAUUUUCUCGGGUUAUUGUUGUCAGACGUAAAAAUAUUUCCCUUGCGUACAAUUAUAAAUUUCAUUGGUUUCUCUCAUUUACCUCGUGGUUAAAUAGUUUGCGCGUGAUGCAAUUUCCUAAAGCCUUAAACUCCUAGAAGUGAUAUAACGUGUAACUUAUCCCUGUAAUAUUAAUACAUUAUCCAGCAAACAGAUAAUAAGAAUAUUCAAAGUUUUAUCAGGUAGAAUUCGUUAUCUAUGAACUAACACCAAAUCUCCGAACCUAAUUUGAAAGGAAACAUGUAGCAGCUGGAGGGGAGAAUUAACAAUUAGAUCACGGGAGUUAAGGUUUAACUGUGCGUGAUCAUUAUGCGACAGAAGCGCGUGAUGAGCAUGUGACAAAGCCAGAUAACGUGCUCUACAUAAUUAUAGCUCUCGUCAAUAUCAAAACCAGCUAUUAUCUCCCGAAAACAAACGAAGUUUGAAACAAAGCUCGAGGUUGAAGAAAAAUAUACAAAAUGCCUACGUUUCUUUUGAUAUCGUAACACUCGCGAUAUAUAGUAAUAAUGACGGUUAUAUGGUUGUCGGUGAGAUACCAAAAUUUUUUCAGUUUCCAAAACGUGACAUCUCCACCGCACGCUGUAAGCGUACCAUUUAUAUCUUCAUAUAUAAAGGCAUAAAUGUCGUCAUGAUAACCGGAUUUAUAAACAUAACAGUUUUACUUUCCAUGUAGGCUGGUUUUUUUUAAUUGUUUUUUUUUUCAUCUAAAGCUGAAUUCAAUUCUUUUUAAAGGAAAUAGUUUUUGUAAUGAGAAAUUGUUGUAUUACAAUUUCCGAAAUUGAGGUGGUUUUCCGGCGUGCUGACUUUCGGUGCAGUGGAUCUCUGUAUUCGAUGCUCCUAUAUAAAAAUUGAAUUGGAUUCAAAUUUUCAAUCAAUAUCUUUUGAACAAAAAGGAUGAUACAUGUCCACUACGUAUCUACAAGGUGGUUAGUAGUAUCAUUUCUAACUGGUUAUCUGUCAGAGUUCGGUUUUAGUAGAUAUACCUUUUCGCGCAAUGACGUACUAAAUGGGCACAAUGUUUGAGUGUUUACAUCGUGCGCUGGAAGAUAAAACUGUGAGCUCAGUAAAUGCUGAUAUUGGAGCAGAAUCCUGUUCUGUAGGGCAAGACCACCUCAGCAGCUCCACGAAAAUUUCCUAAAUUUCCCAAUCACUACUAUAUUGCAGAAGAUUCUCUUUUGAUCAGCGAUUCGUUCACAAAUAAAUUUAAAGUUCUCUUUUGCCUUGCGAUAUCGAAAUGUUUUUUUUUAGUUUCAUUUCGCUUUCAGUCUACUUCCUCCGCCAAGUACUCAUUUGGCUUGGCAGUGAAUUCAUUCGAUGGCCUACAAGAUUAAGCUAUGCAGAAGUCUGCGUGUUGCGCUUGGCUUUCAAUUUGAUGUUGAUAAAGUUUCUUUAAACAAGAGUUUUGAUAAAAAGGUAGUUCCCAUUGCCAUCUGCUCCAGUCCCUCGGAAUAAUCUCGUAUUCAGUGUCUUUUUUGAAUUCGAAAUGAAAAAUUCGGGUCCUUCCCCAAAAUAAUUCGGUAAAGGGCCAGCUACUUCCAGUUAUUCAAAAUUUCCUGGCUCCUUCAAAAAAAAAAAAAUGAAUGGAAUAUUUUAUUUACUAGAACUUAUGAAUUUGUUAAAGAACCUUUGUCCAGCAAUUUUCGAUAGCUUUGAGGGAAAUUUUACAAAUGCACUUUAUAGAAGAACAGAGAUCUUACACUCGCUGCCACGGGUCGAUAAAAGUGUUUCGUUACGCAAUAGGCUCGCGGGGUGUUGGUAGAAUUCGUGACGGUUACGUAGAUCUUCGAAGGUGUUUCGGGCUUGAAUAAGUUUUGCGAAUUCUCCCAGCCCCACACGCGAUAAAAUGAAGAAAUGAGAGAAAGAGUCUUUUAUUGCAUAACAUUUUAUCUGUGUUUAUCCAUGCCUACCGGGUACAAUUAGGUUGUAUAUUGCAACUCACGCAUUUUGAUAAGGGACAGCCUUGAACAACGUUUCAUUAGAAAAGACUAAAAAACAAACAAGUAAACAAACAAACGAAUGAAAAAAAACAAACAUGACACAACCCGCUGAACUUGACUGGAGCUGUCACGCAACCACUAUAGCGUGACGGAGGAAACUUUGAGAUUCUCAUUCAUCCUCUAUGAUUAAGUAUACAACGUUUUCUUUAGGUUACUUUCAUUUGAGUCUCCUUUUUUUUAUUUUUAACGAUGUAGCGCAGUGCAAUCGAUUCAAUUUUAUUUCUAGCUAUGGCAGAAAGCAUCCUCCCAACAACGGGAGAAGAACUGGAGGUGAAAAAUGAGUUUCCAGCUACAGGUAAGAAAAGGCAACAAGGAAAGACUUCUUUAUGGUAAUUAUGUACUGUUUGUUGAUUAAGUACACCCUAAUUCUGGUGUACAAUUUUUUGGAUCACUUCAACUUGAAGGUUUUAGGAAUCCACAAAAUACGCCAGUAUUAGAACGCUAGUUGUAAUCGCACAUAGUUGCGAUCACUAACAAAGUUGAAAUAUCUUCACGGUAAUUUCAGCGACAGAGAAAAGUCAAGUUACGUCAAGUGACGCUGAACUGGAUGUAGAAGAUGACCUUUUAAGAGGUGAGAAAAGAUUUUUUGAAAGAAGUCCCCGCGGUGAAGUUUUUUUCACGUUUACAUCAAAAUUUACACAUUUACAUCAAAACGUUCUGUGAAUAAGGUUUUGAAACAGCAAAAGAUUGUUUCUUCAAAUUUCAGACUUUGUUACCGGUAAAAUAAAAAACAAAGCAAAAAAACAAGUUGUUGCUCGGUUAGAUCGAGCAAAAUGCUUAGACAUCAUUAGUUAUUCAUAAGCAUUAAAGCGACAAAUUUGAAGGCGACUUAGCUUUGAAGAGCCCUAAAUUAAAGAAGAAUGGGCCAAAAUUAGCUUACUAGGCUUUGUAAAACUCAGUUUUUUUUAGUUUUAGAAGUACUUACUUGUAAAUCAACACACAGUGUUUUGGAGAUUAACGAUGUAUCUACAGUUUGCACCUAAAAUGGAGGAUAUUUGCGUAGUAAAAGUAUUAUCCUUUUGCACUUGGAAAUAUUGUAAAUUUGGUCAUUUUUAGUAUGAAAGUCAAAUUCGGCAAGAGAGAGCUGUUGGUAUCCGUAGACCCGUCAAAGUGGAGUUUUGAAAAAUUUUGCAAACAGACAACUUUUUGAGGCCGCCAAAAGGAAAGUAUUUGCGCUAACACAUUUUUGUCCCUUAUUGUUCAGUACAUGUUUGGCAGAAAUUUUACGCAAUUUGAGAAUUCUACAUAGAAGAGGAGGCAUUUUGUCUCGGCCGUAUCGCCUGUUUUGGUCUUCUAAAUAUUUCGCGCCUCUUUAGACAGUUAUGUCAACACCAGGCCUACGCUGUAAACCACCAGCCAACAAAAUGUGGAACCGCUGACUUUCGCAACAGGCAAAAUGGCACUUCGCGGGAAAGUGAUACUUUCCCAAUCGAAUUUCUCCAGCUAGCCUCUUCGAGUAUGUUCUCAAUAGACAAUUACAUGUAUGAGAAAAACCAAGUGAUAAAGAAAAAAAGACAAAGAAAACUUUUUUUCUAGCGCACUUUUCUCAACGCUGGUAAAACCACGAAUUCUUGUCACUCUCAGACUCUCAGUACGAUGUUUUUUUUUUUCGCUACCAGAACAUUCCCAAGUUUUAACCUUUUUCGGUCCUGGCUUUGCCUUGCUUUUGCAGUAACUUAUGCGGUUUGAUAUUCUAACAUGAAAUUUUGGAAAACGUAACCCAGAUGUAAAAGGGUCAUUGGAAAGUCUCUCGACCUAAAUGUAAACCAAUCAGACCUGAUGUGGUUAUAGCCAAGCUACAGCUAAAACUCCAAAUAGCUUGUGUAUUUUAAAGAAAACAAAAUGCACAGAUAAACUCUCCUGAAGGGCGAUUGUAAACAAAGUUGAGUUAAGAUAGGAUCUUCCGGUGAAACUUGUGAUAUUUUGGAAAACGUAAGCCAGGUGUAAAAGGAGUUUGGAAAGCCUCUCGACCUAAAUGUAAAUCGAUAAAGUUGUAGUAAUAGCCAAGCUACAGCCCAGACUCCCAGCAGCUUUCACACAAACAAAAUGUACAGAUAUUAAACUUUUCUGGUUGUUUUUUCUCAUAGUUCUAAGCUCCUUUAACCUAAAAGUUCAUCUGGAUAUAUAAAGUUGGCAUCAUCCGUCAUCUCAAGGGUCGUAUCACUCAUUACUAAAUUAUUAACACUAAAACGUUGUGUUUUCAGAAAUAGCGAAAGUAUUUCUGGAGAAAGGUAACAAAGAAUACGAACAAGGAGAAGCUAAUGACGCAAUAAACUCCUACACGGAAGGACUUCAAGUGAACUGCAAAGAUAAACGGCUGAACGCCAAGCUUUACAGCAACAGGGCAACAGCUCAUUUCCGUUUAGGUAACAAUUUCAUAUGUAAACAUAUAAAUCUGUCGUGCAGCGUUACAAGAUAACGGAACACACAAUCUGCAUCAAGAAAAGGAAAAAUUGAGCAAAUGUAGAAAAGUAGCGUAAAAACAUAAAUCGCCCUGUGGUGGAUGAAAAUUAAGCAAAGGGAUGAUCCUCGUUUCAUUUUAAGUAAUUGUAAUUUUUUAAGGCUUCUUUGUUGCAAUUCCAUAUGAUGACCACUUUUUAAGCCUUAUUUCCUGAAUCUCAUAGUAAACUACGUGGAAUGUCUCGAUGAUGCAACAGUUGCCGUUCAAUUGGAACCCACUUUAAUCAAGGCUAUUAAGAAAGGUGGGUUUUCCAGACAUAAUCCAUCAACAUUCUAUUCUCUAAUUUCGUCAAAAGAAGAUUGUGUGGUGUGUGGCAGGUAACUGCAACCCAAGUGUCAAUUGUAUCUGGUGUGUCGAUGUCUGUGAUGUGGGUAUAAAGGAUAAGAAAAUGUCAAUAAGCUCUCAAAUACCGCCGCCUGUUUAGUUCCGUUGUAGAGCGCGGAGGUCGAGGGUUCAAGCCCUAGACCGGACCAUCUCCCUGAGUCUUAAAAUAUCUUAGGACAAUGUGCUGCCGCCUAGGCUGUGACAUCUGCAAAUGGUUUGAUAUUCUAGUCCCGGAUAAGAACGGAAAACCGUCAGCCUUGUUUCUUGCAUCUUCUCUGUAACUCAAGGAGGCACCUGAAAAAUUCCCUUUCAAAAGGUGUAAACCACUCAAUGCAGUUUACCCGAAAACUUCCCCGAAAAGUGCUGAAAAGCGCAUAAUAGCACAUUAAAAUGAAGAAUGCGCGAGAUACAUUUAUCGUUAUCAUCAUCAAUUGAAGCUUAAUUGGUAGCUGCUUUCCAUUAGCUUCUUAUUGUUUAUUUUCAGUUCUUUCACGAGUUCAAAUUUCCUUCAUUAUCACAAUUUUUGUUCCCGGCCAAAUGGAAAAUUUGGGAAAGUCCAUUUUAUCAGUACGUUUAUACUUUAACAGUGAUGAGUUACUUCGUACCACCAAUUAUUCUCUCCUUUUCAGGAGCCAGAGCUUGUGCCGAACUUUGCUUGUAUAAAGAAGCAAGGAGCUGGUUGCAUAUGGGAUUGGCCGUAUCCUUUAACGAAUGUUUCAAACGUGAUACGAGAUGCAAUGCGAGUAAUAUUUCAAGGGAAAUCAAUACUUUCCGGAGAGAUUCUUCAACACAUAGUGGAAGCAAUAUUCUCUUAUACUGCACUGAGCAGUUUAAAGAAGCUAAGAUAUUAUUAAAGAGUUCUUUCGACUAUUCCACGAAACUUUACUCAAAAGAAGAGGCCAUAUCAAUUAAUUCCCAGAGUUUGGGCUGAAUACCCCUCAUUUUUGUCCUCAGACGAGCAUCACCAUGACGACCGAACCUAAACCAAUAAAUGCGCUUCAGAGCAGGUUAAAACUCUCCACUAGCUUAAGAGCGUUUGUCUUUAAAAAUCAAACAUAUCGCGGCAAGGGUGGAAAAUUCGAUUCCUUUCUUAUUUCAAUGUUAGAUAGGCUAGACUGUAACUAAAAUCACUGGAUACUUUUUUUGGCAAAAUAUCUUUUUAUUUCAGAGAAAAAUACAAAUAACGAAAUUCUGUUAAAAUCGUCAUUUUUAGCAGCAAAUUAUUGCACGAGUUUGAGGGCUUCGCGUGCAAAAACGAAUCACUAUCUCGUCUUUCAAACACUCAAAUCUUCUUUUACGAUCUCAUAAGACCUCACAAAAGGAUUUUUUGUAAACAUUGCGCUCUUCUUUUCUCUUAAAAUAAUUUAAUUUCGAAAGCAUGCAUUUCUCUUCAGUAAAAAUACUUCGUGAAUAAAAUUAAUUUUCAUCAUGUGUUAAACCUUCAAAUGGAUUAAGCUUUUGGUGGUUGAAUUUCGAAAAGAUGUUCUCAUUAUUACUGUAAAAAUUUGUUUGGGCAAAUGAUUGAGAGCGAUACAAAAGCUUUUCAAAGUCCGUUAAAAUGCAGUUAUUUGACCUUUUGCGGUCAACAUUCCAGUCGCGAGUCACGCAUAUUUUAAUAUGUUUCAACCCAUAUGAGGCCGAAAAAUGUACAUAGAAAGAUAUUUCCAAAUGCUCUAACCUCAUUUGCCGCAGAAGACCGAUCCAGAGACCAUUUUAGUGUGAUUCUCUUGUCGUUCGUCGUAUUUAGGUCUGUGUAAGUAAUAACGUCCGAUAAAACCACCAACCCUGUCGAACACCAUCUUGUUGUCAAACGUUCCAUAUCUUUCUUCACUGUGGCAUCUUAUUCAACGGUUCAGUUGACUGCGAGUAUUACUCAGUUUACAAUACACUAAAAAAUUACAUCUGACAGUCUCAUUCAAUGCUAAACUGAGUUGACUACAAACAUGUACGCCCUUUGAGUAUUUGGGUUGUCACGCAAUACUGGUGACAAAGGAACUUUAGGGGGUAGGUGAAGGGCAAAACUCCAUAUAAUUAAGCACUAUCAGAAUUGAACUCUUGGAACCUACAAAUUAUUUUAUUCUGUAAACAUUUUUGUGAUAGUGUCAUCUCUGUCUGGUGACAAACAGUAAAAUACUUUUAUUUAUUGCAGGGAAUUAUUCUUGUUUUUUUGGCACUCUGUGCCUGUCGUACUUAUUAGGGGUGUUUUUCUUUCCACUAAAAUUGCAAGGAAUACCCCAAUAGCAUGAAAGAGAACCUUUAGUACAUUUUUACAACACCAUGCUACAAAACGCAGUGGUGGGGAUGUGUGGCUUAUGUUAGGCUGGGGUGCUAUGCUCCGUGGCCAAUGGAUGGGGCUUGCAUAAGGGAGUGGUAUUAUUAACCGCUGUUAACAGACCCAACUACCGUUUAAAACCAUAAACUACAGAGGGGCCGACAUAUGUGCACUCGGCACAAAAUAAGGUCGAUCUCAUCUUCAGGACCGGUAAAUUUGAAAGCCGACUCAUGACUUGCGAUAUUCUUGGUGCAUGAAAGUAAAGGAACAAUUUCCGUUUCACGCAUUCGAUCUCUAUUGUUGUAACCACAAACUCCGCCAAUAAGCAACUUGAACGAACAACAACCUUCCAUUUUUAUGUAACAAAGUUGACUGUGUAAGUUAGUGUAUUUGUGAAAAACAAAGCCCGAAGCCCCGCCUCUAAGCGAACAAUAGACAUCUUGUAAUUACCAUAAACCAGGUUUUGUUUACUUAGGCUUGCUAUUUUUUAGCAGGUACUAAAUUUAGUUUUCAACGAGUAUUAGCCAAAGGCCCGAUCUCCACGACUUACAUGUAAGAGAUUUCGAUGUUCACAUCAACAAAAAGCUUAGCAGCAGAGUGACGUCUCUUUACUUUCCCCUUCCCCUACCCCCUAAAAAAUUAACUUUCCAUUGUAUGAUUUGCAUCGCGUGGCGACUCUCCGUAUACAAAACUACGUUGACUGCAACAUAUGUGUAGUGCCACUUUUAAAAGCAUCGAUCAGAUCUACUGCACCUCAAACCGAACAACACUCACAGUCAACUGAACCGCUGGAGAAGAUGCCACAGUGCAGAAAGAUGUCAAACGUUUUACAACGAAGGUUGGUGACAGUUUGCAGAUUGACAGGCAGUUUCAUCGGAUGUUAUAAAUACGAUGAGCGACAAGGUAACCAAAGUAAAAUGGUCUCUGGAUCUUUCUUCUACGGCAAAUGAGGUUAGAGCAAUUGGAAAUGUGUACCCAUGUACAUUUUCCGGCCUCAUAUGAAUCAUAUUAAAGUAGGUGUGUGACUCGCAACUGGAAUGUUGACCGCGAAAGGUCAAAUAACUGCAUUUUAACGGACUUUGAAAAGCUUUCGUAUCGCUCUCAAUCAUUUGCCCAAAGAGAUUUUUAUAGUAAUAUUGAGAACAUCUUUUCGUAAUUCUACCGCCCAAAGCUUAAUCCAUUUGAAGGUUUAGCACAUGCUGAAAAUUAACUUUACUCAUUUAAUCAUUUUACACGCAAAGAGGAACGUAGUGUUUACAAAAAUCGUUUUCUGAGGUCUUAUAAGGUUAUAAAAGAAGAUUUGAGUGUUAAAAAGACGAGAUUGUGAUUCGUUUUUGAAUGCGAAGCCCUCAAACUUGUGCAAUACUUUGCAGCUAAAAAUGACGAUUUUAACGGAACUUAUUUAUCUGUAUUUUUCUCUGAAAUAAAAAGACAUUUUGCCAAAAAAGUAUCCUGUGAUUUGAUUUAUAGUCUAGCCUAUCUAAUAUUAAAAUAAGAGAGAAAUCGAAUUUUUCACCCUCGCCGCGAAAUUUAGAAUUUGUCUGACUUUUACAGACAAGCGCUCUUAAAAUCAAAUCUCUGAAAAAGACCAACGUUCGAAUUAUCAUUCCAGUUUUAAGGUUCUGUCUAAUACUCUCACUGUUUUUGUAAAAUAUACAUUUCCACUGCAUUUUCGCAAAACUACUCAUGAUUUAUUCCCUUUAUAACCCUUGACACCUUUUAAGAUUGAAAAUGACAACAAACGUCUGCUUCAAUUACUAAGGAAAACUAAUGCCGAACUAAAAGUCAUAACAAACAGUUCUUCCAAUCUCGGUAACGCUUAUCAAAGUCUAGGACAGUUCAAAACAGCCAUCCAGCACCAUCAACGUGAUCUAGAAAUUGCUAAAGAAGUGGGAGACAAGGCCGGAGAGGGGAGAAGUUACUGCAAUCUUGGCAACGCUUAUCAAAGUCUAGGACAGUUCAAAACAGCCAUCCAGCACCAUCAACGUGAUCUAGAAAUUGCUAAAGAAGUGGGAGACAAGGCCGGAGAGGGGAGAAGUUACUGCAAUCUCGGCAACGCUUAUCAAAGCCAAGGACAGUUCAAAACAGCCAUCCAGUACCAUCAACGUCAUCUAGAAAUUGCUAAAGAAGUGGGAGACAAGGCCGGAGAGGGAGGAAGUUAUGGCAAUCUCGGCAACGCUUAUGACAGUCUAGGACAGUUCAAAACAGCCAUCCAGUACCAUCAACGUCAUCUAGAAAUUGCUAAAGAAGUGGGAGACAAGGCUGGAGAGGGAGGAAGUUAUGGCAGUCUCGGCAACGCUUAUGACAGUCUAGGACAGUUCAAAACAGCCAUCCAGUACCAUCAACGUCAUCUAGAAAUUGCUAAAGAAGUGGGAGACAAGGCCGGAGAGGGAGGAAGUUAUGGCAAUCUCGGCAACGCUUAUCAAGGUCUAGGACAGUUCAAAACAGCCAUCCAGUACCAUCAACGUCAUCUAGAAAUUGCUAAAGAAGUGGGAGACAAGGCCGGAGAGGGAGGAAGUUAUGGCAAUCUCGGCAACGCUUAUCGCAGUCUAGGACAGUUCAAAACAGCCAUCCAGUACCAUCAACGUCAUCUAGAAAUUGCUAAAGAAGUGGGAGACAAGGCCGGAGAGGGAAUCGGUUAUGGCAAUCUCGGCAACGCUUAUCAAGGUCUAGGACAGUUCAAAACAGCCAUCCAGUACCAUCAACGUCAUCUAGAAAUUGCUAAAGAAGUGGGAGACAAGGUCGGAGAGGGAGGAAGUUAUGGCGGUCUCGGCAACGCUUAUGACAGUCUAGGACAGUUCAAAACAGCCAUCCAGUACCAUCAACGUCAUCUAGAAAUUGCUAAAGAAGUGGGAGACAAGGCCGGAGAGGGAGGAAGUUAUGGCAAUCUCGGCAACGCUUAUCGCAGUCUAGGACAGUUCAAAACAGCCAUCCAGUACCAUCAACGUGAUCUAGAAAUUGCUAAAGAAGUGGGAGACAAGGCCGGAGAGGGAAGAAGUUAUGGCAGUCUCGGCAACGCUUAUGGCAGGCUAAGAGAGUUCAAAACAGCCAUCCAGUACCAUCAACGUCAUCUAGAAAUUGCUAAAGAAGUGGGAGACAAGGCCGGAGAGGGAAUCGGUUAUGGCAAUCUCGGCAACGCUUAUCAAGGUCUAAGACAGUUCAAAACAGCCAUCCAGUACCAUCAACGUCAUCUAGAAAUUGCUAAAGAAGUGGGAGACAAGGCUGGAGAGGGAAAAAGCUAUUGCUCUCUCGGCAUGAUUCAUGAGGCUCAAAGAGAGUUGAAAACAGCUUUUGAGUGUUUUCUACGUCACCUAGAAAUAUCCAAAGAAGUUGGAGAUAAGACUGGAGAGGCGUGCUCACUCCGCUCCCUUGGAAUCAGUUUUGAGAGCCAAGGAAAUCUUAUGAUGGCCUUUGACUGUUUUUACUCGAGCGUAGAAUUGUAUGAUGAUAUCAGGGCCAGUCUUCAACUCAACGAUCAGUGGAAGAUUUGUUAUCGUAAUUUACACCAAGGAGCAUACAAAGGUUUGUGGCGUAUAAAUCUCAAGCGAGGUCAAGUUGUGAAGGCUCUUCUUACCACAGAGAAAGGACGUGCUCAAGCUCUGAGAGAUCUCAUGGUCAGAAAAUAUCAGCCUGAAGAUUCUUUAACGCCUAGAGCAUCCCGCAUUUCUCUGAGGUGGGUUCCAUUGAGCACAGUUUUCAUAGCUAUUAAUGGACCAUGUGUUUACUUCUGGGUUUGCCUCAGUGAAAAUAAUAUCCAGAAGAGAGAAGUACACGUGAACAAAUACAAGUAUGAGGAUGAAUUGAAAGUUUUCAUGCAGGUACUGAACAAAACUGCUCUUAAGGAGAUCAGUAAAAGAGAUACUGUAACCAUCGAAUAUCGUCCGCUUGACUCGCCGACAGAAGAGGAAGUGGCCAAUGAUGUGAUCCCAGUUGAUGUGAGGCACUCCCAAUCCAGCGCUUUAAAGAAGCUGCAUGAUAUCAUCGUUACUCCUAUUGCUGACCUGAUCGAAGGCAACGACGAGAUCACGUUCGUUCCUGAGGGGCCAUUUUGCCUUGUACCUUAUGCAGCGUUGCAGGACUCCAACUCAUCAUAUCUAAGUGACUCUUUCAGAAUUCGUGUGCUUCCCUCUCUGACGACCUUGCAACUAAUUCAUGAUUGUCCAGCUGACUUUCACAUGAAGACUGGUGCAUUGCUUGUCGGCGACCCAUGUUUCAAACAUAUCAUCUAUGAGGAAAGACUUUUGGUGCAACUUCCAGGAGCAAGGAAAGAAGUGGAGAUGAUCGGACGUAUCCUUAAUGUCUCCCAUCUCACUGGAGAAAUGGCAACAAAAGAUGAAGUGUUAAAACGAAUAUCAUCAGUGGCCUUAGUUCACAUGGCAGCCCACGGUAAAAUGGAAACUGGAGAAGUUAUCCUGGCACCAAACACCACAAGAGAUAACCCUCAGCCGCAAGAGAAAGACUAUCUACUGACAAUGAAAGAUGUCAUGGAAACUGGGUUGCGAGCACGUCUGGUUGUACUUAGCUGCUGUCACACUGCUUGUGGGGAGGUCAUGGCCGAGGGUGUGGUCGGCAUGGCGCGUGUACUUUUGAGUGCCGGUGCCAGAUCUGUUGUGGUAACCUUGUGGGCGAUUGGCGACGAGGGAACCGUGGAGUUCAUGAGUUUCUUCUACCAUGCACUUGCCAAAGGCAAGAAGGCAAGUGAAGCUCUCAAUCAGGCCAUGAAGUGUAUGAGAGAAAUCGAAAAGUUCAAGGAGGUGAUUUACUGGGCACCAUUUGUACUCAUUGGUGACGACGUCAGCCUGGAUUUCAAGGAGAUUUAG